AUGGAAACUAACUAUCAUCAAUAUCAAGGUGGUGUUCAAAAAGAUGUAACAAAUAAACGAUCUUCGAGUUACAAUUUAUACAAUCAGCAGAUAAAUUUGCAAGAAGCUUCCAAUAUCGAAUCAGGUCAUGAUAUUAGUAGUGGCGUACAACAAGAAUACAUUAUGAAUGAAUUGGCAAACGAUGAAGCAUUGCUAAAUGAUUUCUUACUAUUUCGUGAACAACAGGCACAAUAUCGGAUUCGAGAAAUUAGUCACAAUUUAAUUCCGUACUAUGAAAACGUUCAGUCAAAUAAACAAAUAAUUCACAAACAAUUAAAUCAAUCUACAAAGUUGCAAUCAAAAGUACAAAUACAACCAGAUGCAUCAACGCCAAACAAACGUAGAUUGAAUGAUAGUGUUGGGUCAGGAGGAUUACCAACAUCGAAGCAACAACGAUCUGGAAAUAAACGAUUUCAAGAGGAUGAAAUAAUAUUAGAUGCAACAGGCGAUAAUCAACAGGUAGAUCCAACAUCAAAAUACAUUAAACAACACAAGGUUUCUUUCGAUCAAGUGAAACGAGCUGUUUCGAGCAAUCUACAAUGCUUCUAUAUAUCAUUCCACCCAACAAAUGAAGAUCAAAAAGUACCAUCAGGUUUCAAUGCAGCGGAUCAAGUUUUUGAAUAUCUAAAACAGCAAAAUGUACAAAUUCAUAGAUUUAGUUUUGUAGGAUGGGCAGGAGCAAAACUUAAAUUGGGAGUAAAUGGCAAAGAAGACUAUAUUAAUCUUGUAUUAACCGAAAAAUGGCCUACCAGUAUAAUGAAUAUACCUAUAACAAUCGAAAAACCAAAGUUUAUUUCCGAUUGUUUUGCAUUAGUCAUCAGAUAUAUAUCUCGCGGUAUGGAUUAUGAAUUUGUAAAAGAAGAAAUAUCACGAUCAAUCGCAUUAUUUGUAAAUCUAAAGAAGAUUCAAUAUUGA